GCGGCGAGCUCGCGCCAGUGCGCAGCCGCACGAGGGCGGAGCCCCGGCGGCUGCGACAUGGGGGGGCGCGGAGGAGACGCCGGAAGUAGCGGUGGUACGGGUCCCACCGAGGGGUACUCGCCGCCGGCUGCGUCCACCCGAGCGGCCGCGAGAGCCAAGGCCCGAGGGGGUGGGCGUGGCGGCCGCCGAAACGCGACCCCCUGCGUGCCCUCUCGUCGCGGAGCGGCGCCGCCUCGCUCCCCUCCACCAGCUGCCAUGAGCGAGCGCCUCCGCCCCAGGAAAAGGAGAAGGAAUGGCAACGAAGAAGACAACCAUCUUCCCCCUCAGACCAAAAGGAGUAGUAGAAACCCUGUCUUUCAGGAUUCCUGGGACACAGAGGUAGGAAGUGUUACCAUAACAAAACACAGUAAAGAAAACAGACUAAAAGAAACGGAAGCGUUCUGUGUGUCUUCGGGCAGUGACAGCGGCGGCAGCAGCAGCAGCAGCAUCAACAGCCCAGACAGGGCCAGCGGGCUAGAAGGCAGCUUCAGCCAGACCGUGGCCGGAUCCAGCCCCAACACCCCCCAGCCUGUGCGUGAGCAGUCCGCACUGUGCCAAGGCCCCUACUUCCACAUCAACCAGACCCUGAGGGAGGCCCAUUUCCACAGCCUACAGCACCGAGGGCGGCCUCUGACAUGAUGUGCCGGCAGUUUCUUGCCUUCUGUGAAGGGACAGCGCUGUGCAGAUUUGAUACUUCAACUUACGACUUGUUUUAAAAAAAUUGCACACAAAAAAAAUGCCUGUUGGCUUUUCAGUCUAUAUUUGAAAUAACAGGUUAACAGGCAGUUGUUUACUUGUGGUUUUGCUGCACUAUUGCAAUUUCCAAGGGGCUUUGAAGCAAUUUUUUAUAGAAUUCUUUUGAGGGAGGGUAUCAAAUCCAUGUCAAGGUAGUGGUAUGAGAAAAUCUCAUCUGUGUGUUGAAUCCAUAGUGUGUCCCAUUCAGACCGAUUUUCAAUUCUGUCAAUUAGAAAUUCUAUGUAAAAGGGCCUUUUAAAAAUGCGGGAUCUUCAAUUUUUUAAAUUCAAUAAACUAGUGAAGUAUCUAGUUUCCAUGAAAAAAAACAUACUUUUUUUCCCAAACUAUAGAAAGCUUGAUUCAGUCUUGCACUGAAAUUAACUGCCAUACUACCUCUUAGCAUGUAGAUGUUCUAUUGAAAGUACUCUCUCCUCUGUAAGGGAACAAUCAGAUCCCAUAUGGACUGUGCAGGGAAGCACCCUCCCUCUUAACAGUCUCCACUCUUUGUUAUAUAUUUGUAUUUCCAGGAAGAGUGUCGUUUAGACUCUUGUGCACCCAGCUAAUUUCUGUAUCAACAUUCCUCCAGAGUCUGCACCUCAGACUUUAGUAGAAAACCCUGCACAGUUCUGAAAGUGAGGAACUAUGUAAUGACUUUUCGUCUUACAGACAUGUUACAUCAGCAGCUCACAUGAGCUCAUCAACAGUUCCAUCCUGUAGUGUCAGUGACUAAGGUGUUUCGAAGGCUGAUAAGGUGUAAGCUACCUGAUGUAAGCAACAAGUAUUGUGAAGCCACUGGACAAGGAUGAACCCUGUGCUUCAGGUAACCCCUGACAGGAACCAGGGGCCACAUUCCAUCAGCGCUACUGGAAAGGUCGGUGUGGCUUGUAAGCAGAUGAGCAGAGGCACCUUUAGAAGAGAGAAGGCAGUAGUGUUUAUUUAGAGAGAGAUGGACAUGUUCCACAUUACUUAGUCAUACUAGAGAGCCAGCCAAGUUUGAAUAGUGAAGGCGCCGACGUGUCAUCCUCCUCACUGACGAGCUGUCUGAACAAGGAGCCAGGAAGCAUCGGGUCACCAGCUUCGGAGCAGGCCGGGGGGACAACCUGCCAUUGGAUGUAGAGGAAAGUGCCUUAGAGUUGAUCAGAGCCCUCCUGCCUGCUCGCCCUCUACGCCAAGCCAUGCGGAGUCCACACGGCACACACAAGCAGAGAUGCGCACCCAGCGAACUUGCUGUUUGUCGAGGUUGAAGACGACACAGGGAUAGCAUGAGAUUUUACUAUGUGAAGAACUCCAAUUUGAAAAUGAGGAUUGUCCUAGGAAAAGGGUAAACAGAGGCACCUCCUUUCCAUAGUCUGUUCCUCUGGUAUGGGCAGAAUUGAAAGGCCAGUCACCUGGAGUGGAAACUCAGUGUUUUGGGGGAAGUUACAGCAUAGGCCAUGCCUAGGUAAUGGGUGGUUCUUUGCAAGAGCUUUUUUCCUUUUCUUUUUUUUUUUAAACUACCAUCUCCCAGGUUUUAAAAUCAAAUUUUUAACUAGGACUUUGGAUCUUAAUGGGCUAAGUGGCAGGGAAUAUGGAAAGGGCACACUGCUAAUAUUUUGUCUAACAGUAAAGCAAACAACUAAAUGCUGUAAGAAGGCAAGCUGUUUGCGCUCUCAAACACACGUGUACACAACACAAUUCAGAAAUACCCAGGAGGACUCCUGCAGGCUUAACGGAUGGCAUCCUACCGAAACAAAAUGUGUAUUAACAAAAAAUGUAAAAAACACCUUUUAUUUCCCACCCAAUUAAAAUAUAGGGAAGAUGAAACCAUCAUCAGAACUAAAAGAAUUUUUUCCACAUAAGUACAAUCAGAGCACCAGGUUAGCAGGGAACUCUGACCCUACUAAAUUCAAGAGCAUCUCCACCCUUUCUAGAUGUUUUCUACAGCCUUGGCAGCCUGAGGUACAUUUCUGUUAGGAGGCUACUUGGUAGCGUCGAUGGGCAUCUUUUGAACCCUUCAGCUCAAGCUAGUGAAACCUUGUACUUCUCUGUUGCGCCGCCAUUAAAAGCAGCAUUAGUGCA